GUUAGACUUCUAGGGUUUGUGGAUCUUUCUGCUGGAUGGCCUUGCCCUUUACAAAAACAGCAAAUAUCAGUGGGAGGGUGCAUGGGGCUCUUCUCAUCUCUACAUAAUACUGUGUUGAAACCACUGAUGAGAGGGUCCCAACAACAGUGAGCUCCACAGCACUCGUGCUUUGUCUCUCUCCUCCUCUUCACCCUCUGAGUUAAGCUCGUUGCUCUCCAUUGGAUCAUUGCUUUUUAUGCUUCAAGGAUCUGUGCAGGACCGAAAGAAGUUUCUGCAGGGAGGAUUAAAACUUUGAAAACAACUGAUGCUGGUUUCCUUCAUCAUCUGAUCUUUAUGAGACUUUUGUUUUUGUUUUUUUCUGGAAUAAUGCCUUUGUGCUGGAAGAGAAGCUCCUGGUUGCCAGUGGUGUUUGGGACUGCGCUGGUCGUUCUUACUGCUGGUAAUGCUGGACCGAAUCAGGACAGGAGGCAGCCUCAGUCAUCCUCGUGCUUUGGAGGCUUUGAUCUCUACUUUGUUUUGGAUAAGUGAGUGAACUGACUUACAAUACCUGAUUUUCUAUUGAUAACUGAAAGCAGUUCAUGAUUUAAAAAAAAAAUCGAGGAAGAAGCUUUUGUUGUCGAAACAAUUUGGUGUCUGGCUUUGUUUCUACCUCCAGUAAGGAUUCUUUCCAUCCUGAAAACUUGAGAAAGUUCUCUAGCUAAACAUUUUAUGCAUUGUUAUGAAAUCAUACUUAUGCACAAAGUUUAAAAUGCACAUUUACUUUAUGCAUAAAAGAAUUGUGGUUUUUGUGCCCCCUAUAGCAAUAAAAUCAUGGUUUUGCCAAGUGUUUUUAUGAUGUCAUCACCUCAUUUGGUAUCAUUAUGAGUCUGGUGUCAUGCAAUGCAGGAAAAUGGGUUAGUGAUGCAAUGUUUUCAUUACAUCUUAAUCUACACUUCAGUGUGGCUGCAUGUCUACGGAGGGUAAAGAUUAUUGGUGUGAUUAUUGCUCCAUUUAACUGUCAGCUGCAGUUACAGUGCUGUGUUUGGUGUACAUGCAUACCUCACUAGCAAGUGAAAAGCUUUUCUGGAUAAUUAAGUUUCUUCAUAUUCUCAGAUUUUCAAAUUCUGUGUAUCUUAGGGAGUCAUAAUGAGAAGUGAUUUGGACACAAGUCAUGAUUUAGAAACCAUUUCCCUGUUUAUCUAAGUUCAGUUUGAGUUAUCUUUGUUUUUCAUUCAGCAGUGCAGCAAAGACAGCUGUACAACUCUGCAAAGUGGCACAAACCUCCCACAAUAAUCUAUCACAAUUACAUUUGACAGUUUUUUGGAGGGGGCAUGACGUGGACUCUUUUCAUUUUGCAGGUUUCUGCAGGCAGCACAUGAUGCAUUGAUAAGUUAAACCUGAACUUUGAUGCUCUGCAAAUUUAGAAUUUUCCCAACUAAUCCUUUUAGGGUAAAUAACUAAUAACAUUUAAGGUAAAUCAGCUCAUAGCCUCUCUGGAACGGAUGCUUAAAUUGCUCGGGGAGUUGCCUUUGGACUUUAGCAGAGUACUUACCUUCUGACAUUUGUGUUUUUAAAUCCUGGUUUCAAACGACUUGUUUUUAUUAUAAUAUCACAUGCCAAACUCCUUGGCCAACUAGGCCAAGAAAAAAAAGAUCCAACUCAUUAAACCAAUCUUUUUUUAUUUGGAGGUUUUAAUUGGUGGAUUUUUCUUUAGCUCCAUUGUUUAGAGAGUCUCUACAUCCAGAGGCAGAGAGAGAUUUUCCAGUUGUCCUACAGUACUUCUCAGAGCCAAGUCCAGGCACACGCUGCUAUUUCUUAGAGGAAAAAUCUGGCACUUAUGCAGGAGUGAGCAACUGUUUGCAUUAGCCAUGUUUCAAAGACACAGGUUUACAGGUGCGCCCUGGCAGCAUUUGUUGUCGGGCAUUAGCUGUUCCUUUAAUUUUCUGUCUCCUCUCCAGGUGGGACUUCACUUUGCCUCUUAGCUGCGAUGUCCUCCACCUGCCCUCACUGUCUUCUCACAGUAUCUGCCUGAUCUCUCUUCUCCUCUUCUCUCUUUUCCCCAUGUCUGCACUGCCUUUCUCCACUUGGUCCAGAUGUUCCAGUGUUUCAGCCUGUUGGCUCAGAUGUUUGUGCUGGGACUUGUGUCAUGAUCUGGGAGCGUGCAGCAUCACUGGACUGAAAUCUAUCACUUUGUUGAAAAUUUAGCUCAGAAGUUCAUAAGCCCACAGUUGCGGAUGUCCUUCAUUGUGUUCUCCACUGAGGGACGGAUCUUAAUGAGGCUCACAGAGGACAGGGAACGCAUUCGCAAAGGACUGGACGAGCUUGAGUUGGUCCGACCAGGAGGAGACACUUUCAUGCAUCUGGGCAUCAUGAGGGCCAGUGAGCAGAUAUACCACGGAAACAUAGAAGGUUAUCGCACCGCCAGUGUUAUCAUAGCUCUGACGGACGGAGAGUUACACGAAGAUCUUUUCUUCUAUGCCGAGAGGGAGGCCAACCGCUCCCGAAGUCUGGGUGCCACGGUUUACUGCGUGGGGGUGAAGGACUUCAAUGAGACACAGCUGGCAAAGAUUGCUGACAGUAAAGACCACGUCUUCCCUGUAAAUGAUGGAUUUGAGGCUCUGCAAGGAGUCAUCGAUUCAAUCCUGAAGAAGUCCUGCAUCGAGAUCCUGGCAGCAGAACCAUCCAGUAUCUGUGCAGGAGAAUCCUUCCAAGUGGUGGUGAGAGGAAGUGGAUUCCUUCACGCCCGAAAUGUUGACAAAGUGCUGUGCAGCUUUCGAAUCAACGACACCCUAACUAAGAUGGUGAAGCCAUUGGUUGUGGAAGAUACAUAUCUUCUCUGCCCUGCCCCGGUGCUUGAAGAGGAGGGGAUGGCAGCAAAUCUUUAUGUCAGCAUGAACGAGGGUCUCAGUUUCAUCUCUAGCUCGGUCACAAUUACCACCGUGAGCUGUUCUGAUGGGACCAUCCUGGCCGUAGCUCUGCUCAUCCUGAUGCUGCUCCUGGUCUUGGCUCUCCUCUGGUGGUUCUGGCCUCUGUGCUGCACUGUGAUCAUCCACGAACCACCACCGCCAGCUGUGGAGGAUAGUUCGGAUGAUGAGGACUUUGAAGCCCCCAAGAAGAAAUGGCCGACUGUCGAUGCCUCCUACUAUGGAGGAAGAGGCGUAGGGGGGAUCAAAAGGAUGGAGGUUCGCUGGGGUGAGAAGGGCUCCACUGAAGAAGGAGCAAAGCUGGAGAAGGCCAAAAAUGCCAAAGUGAAGAUGCCUGAGCAGGAGUAUGUGCCGCCACCCCCUCGGGUUCUUAACAAUGGCAUGCAGAAACCGCUGGCGCCACGCAACUGGUACUCACCCAUUAAGAGCAAACUGGAUGCAUUGUGGGUGCUUUUAAGAAAAGGCUACGACCGUGUGUCUGUAAUGAGACCUCAUCCAGGUGACAAGGGCAGAUGCAUGAACUUCACCCGUGUAAAAUCCCCCCCUAGCUACCCACACUUCAACAAUCACCCAUCUCCCAUCUACAACCCCGCUGGCAGGAAUCCACCUCCACCGCAGGGCACCCUACCACCGACUCCCAGCGCGCCGCCCUUCUCUUCUCUGCCUCCAACACCUCCACCCAUUUCCACCCCUCCCCCUUACACACCACCUCCCAACCGGGCUCUUCCUCCAACCACCUUGCACAUACCCGCCCCACCAGCGCUCCCACCCACGCCUCCCCCCUGCGCAAUCCCAACCGGCUCACUGCCACCUCCUCCUCAGGGACCCCCUCCUGGACGAGCCCCUCCGCCUGCCCGCCCUCCGCCUCGCCCUGGCCUGUAGAAGUCUGGUGGGAGACAGGAGGUGGUCACACAAGACUGAAAAACAUAAUCCAGAGUUCCACCAGCACAUAGCCAUCUUUGAUUGUAACUACAAGUGAGGUGCAACAAGGUGCCAACCUCAGCAGGCUGUAGCCUUUCAGACUUGUGACGAGGAGGAACGAGGACUUGUUUUCAGCUAUUUGUCUACUUUUGUACACAUCUAGCCCAACAGUGCAAUUGCUUGGAUGCUUGAAUUACAUAGACAUUCCCUAUAAAUGAGAUCACGCGGGCCGGCUCAAAAACAAUUGACUGAAAACUGUAUGAAUUCUGACCGAGCAGAGGAUCAACAACUUGUACUAACAGCUCUACAGUUGUCUUCUGAAUGGCCAUGUCACUAAAAAAAAAAUGCCAGUGUAAAGUUCCUGUUUUAUAUAAGAGAAAAGAAAAAGACUCAUCCUGCAAAUGUUCCACAUACAGCAGAUUAAGGAUGAUGCAGAGGCAUCUGAAAACAAUCCUUUUUUUAAAUUCUUGAAUGUUUGCAUGCAAAAGUGCUCGAGUCAUCGUUUGUUCUUUUUUAACAUUUGUACUUGUUUUUAUACAUUUGUAAAUGCUUUCAUUUUUUACUUUGUACUUGUGUAGACCACACUCUUUUCAUUUUGGGGAAAGAAAGACAAUCAUCGGUGAUGACGGCAUGGACAGUAAGUGUACUGAAACAGCAAUGCAAUGUAUCUGAACUUCCAUUGUUCAACUCCUGACUCGCAAACCUAAUGUGAGCCAUAUCUGGCCCGUUUUCCGUGCUCAUUGGUGUAAACAGUAAAUUUGGCUUCACCAGACUUAUGGCUGGAACUGACCUGACCAAGAUGACUGUAAUUACAGCUGUAGGUAACUCUGGGAAUCAGGGAAAAGCUUUGCACAUCGUCUUACUCGUCCACCUACGGCUUCAAAAAAAAGUUGUACAUUAUUAAUGCAAAUAUGCGUGUUCAGUUAUAUGUGUGCCUGUGUGUGCUGUACAUUGAUGAGUCAGUAAACAAUCUUGUUUUACUUUUUUUGCAGAAAGUGUUUAAUUCCUCUGAGAAUAAAAUACGAUGAAAGCCA